GGAGAAGCAUCAAAAGCCAAACGCACUGAAGAGGAGCCAGACGAACUCGCGGAAUUGUACGCAAAAGUGCUGGAUCAGCUACAGCGCUUCGAGCUUUUCAAGCAGAUCCACCCCUCCACUGCCGGCGGAGCUUCAUCCUCUUCGUCUUCCAGCUCAGUGCCGCUUGUUCCCGUCAGCCAGAAGGCUGAGGCCGCUUCCGAAUGGUAUUAGCAUUGUUUUGCUACUUCUACUAGUCUGUUUUGUUUUACACGAAUUUUAGGUGCUAAUAAACAAAGAUGAAGUUGAUGUUGAAGAUUGUGGUGCUAGUAGUGGUCGACGAAAGUGUCAAAAUCCACUUCUUCGUAUCGUUUUUAGACAAACCUCAUUUCCACCUUUCCAGGUCUUCGAAGUGGUUGAGC